GGAGAGACGCCGUUUCCGGGGAGGGGAGGCUCGGAAGAAAAGUGAGGACGCAUGCGCAGGGGCUACGCGACCCGGGAGGCCUCGGGAGUAGCGGCCCAGUGCCUUGUGGGAGAUGUAGUUCUUCAGGUGCGGACGCCGCGUCGCUGGGCCGGCGGAGGACUCGGUUUCCCAGAAGGCCGAGCGCGGCGCAAGAUGGAGCCGGCCCGACCGCGCCGAUCCGCCCGCUGCAGUUGAGCAGCUGACCGGAGCCGGACUGAGGCCAGCACGCCUUUGCCAGCACUUCCCCCACCAGCACUCCAGUGUCCGCACAGACAUCCAUCAGACAACGGAGGUGAGCGGGCUUUCAGGGGACAGGGCUCUCUGUCCCUUGCCUUGUAGAACCUAGUUCUUCCUGUGGGUCCUGCCGCCGGCCCAGGGACAGUGGGUCUACAGGAGGGACCUCUCCUAAGUGCCUGCGAUCCUCAGAAACGAACUUCUUGGGCUGUCUGGUCUGGGUGUGGUGUGCCCUGGGACACAUGUCUGAGGCAGGGGCAGGAGAGGCCCUGGAAGCCGAGCAAGGGACAGAGGACAACGCUCUGCCUUCUGACGCUGUCUCUCUCAGCGACUCAGACUCUGAUUUCAGCCUGCCUGCCGGUGCUGAGAUGGAAGCUCUGUCCCCAGGGGUGCUGCCUGGGGAGGCCCAGGGGGACUCAGACCCUGAUGAGUCUCCUUUGCCUCCGAGGGGCCUCCCCACGGCCUCAGUGCAGCCGUUCCACCUGAGGGGCACGAGCUCCACCUUCUCCUGGCGGAGCCACAACAUCUUUGACUGCCUGGAGGGCGCAGCCAGGCAGGUUCUGCCCUCUGUGGCCCAGACUGGCCCGGGUGACGAUGGGGGCUUCCUGCGCCCACUGGCACCCUCAAGCCAGCCUCCAGGAGAGGGCCCAGGCAGGGCCGGUCAGAGCCCUGCCCCCACAAAGUUGCCGCCCGUCCCUGACUAUGUGGCCCACCCUGAGCGCUGGACCAAGUACAGCCUGGAAAACGUGGCCGAGGUCAGCGAGCAGAGCAACCGGGCCACUGCUCUGGCCUUCCUGGGCUCCUCGAGCCUGGCUGCCCCCAGUGACUACAUGCCCUCUUUCAACCAGGAUCCCUCCAGCUGUGGGGAGGGAAGAGUCAUCUUUACCAAACCCGCCCGAGCUGGCGAGGCCAGGCCUGAGAGGAAGAGGGCCCUAAGGAAGGCUGGAGAGCCGGGAAGGGCUGCGCCUGGGAACCUGGGCGCCGCAGGGAGCGAGGGCCCUGUGGAGCUGGCCCACCUGGCCGGGCCUGGGAGCCCCGAGGCUGAGGAGUGGAGCAGCCCCCACGGGGGCCUUCAGGAAGUGGGUGUGCUGCAGGCCGCUGCCCACGCUGGGUCAGCGGCAAGGCCCCCAGUGGUGGAGACUGUUGGCUUCCAUGGCAGCAGGAAACGGAACAGAGACCAUUUCCGGAACAAGAACAGCAGCCCGGAGGCCCCAGGUGCUGAGAUCUAAGAGAAGAGACUGACCAGGCUGGCGGAGGAGGGCAGCCAGGGCCACUGGCCACUUGGGGUGGAGCGCAGCUCGGGGCCCCAGCCCCUCGGGAAGGGAGCCAGCGGACUGCCAGUCGGAGGUGCCGGCAGCCUGGGCUGAGGCUCAGGGUAGUGGUCUCUGAAGCAGACCGCUUGCCAGUGGAUGGCAAAAACCCUGCCUGCCACGUGCCCGUGGGGCAACAGUAAAGGUUUGGGGUAUUCCUUCGG